UGGGUUUAGAAACUCUGUGUUAUCGCCUCUGUCUGUGCAUGAGAGUUUAGUUUCCCUCCCAGAAAACACGUGAUACCGUAAAGUGUUGUGUAUUCAGGAGGCGCCUGAAACGCGGAUGGUUUCACUCCUUUUUGCGAGUUUCGGCUGACUUGACCGCAGUCCUUCAGGCCGUCUAUGUCUUUGUUUUUACAUGUAUAUUUUCGCUUUAGUUUUUACAUGUAUAUUUUCCCAUCUGCUUUUACGAACAGGGAAACAUCACUUUCAUCCGAAUGGGAUUCCUCUUGGAACGCAAGGUCUUCAGGUCAAUGACCAAACAUGAGAUAGAAGACUUAGGCUAUGUGAUGUUUAAUAAAUAAGAAGAUAUGAAACAUUUCCUUCUAACUAUUUAUUUGAUGUUGCAGUGUUCAUAUGCCCUGUACACCCUCCCUGCUCCAGUCAAUGUUUCCAUAGAGUCCCUCAACUUCCACCAUGUUCUACGCUGGAGCCCUGGUCCAGGCACACCUCCCGGGACUAUGUACAAGAUCACCUGCAGAAGAAACCACAAGAAGCUAUUGCUACGACCUCAACCCAACAUGACAAGUCAUAGGCUGGAUCUAAAGUUCCACAAAGAAGAGUAUAAAUUCUAUGUUUGUGCCUCCCGCAACCGCUCAGAGUCGCCCUUGGUGGAGACCACCUUCACCCCCUACUUACAGACUGUUAUUGGGUCUCCAACAUUGUCUUUGGAUGGAUGUGGCAACUGCCUGGAAAUCAACAUCACACUGCUUGAGAUAGAAACUAUUAAAGAUAUCUAUGGGAAAUCCUUAUCUUUUGACAUCUACUGGAAGAGAGCAGGAGAUACACAGCCCAAAAAGACCCAAACAACUAAUUUAAGUUACACGCUGGAGAACUUGGAGGUGGGUGUGGAGUACUGUGUGAGGGUGUACACAAAGAUCACCACCAACCCCCACACACUGCCCUCUGGGUGGAAGUGUGCUUACACCAGCAUUCUGGAGCCCAACAGAGUCCCUGCUGUUGUAGCUGGGCUGUCUGUUGUCCUCAUUGUGAGUGGGAUAGGUCUUAUGGUUCUCAUGUUUGGCCUGUUCUACAUGGGGUUCCUGUGCAAGCUGAAGACCCAACAACCCAGAGGACUGACUGCCCUGGUGGAGAGCUACUUCCUCAUCCCAGAGAGGACGAUCCCUGACUUGGUCUCUAUAUCUUCUGAGACAGAGGAACAAGGGAAGGCCCUCAGACCAAAAACACACCAUGACAGACAGAACUCGAACCAUGCGGGGGAGGAGGAGGAUGAUGAAGAGGAAGAGGGGGGAAACGACGACUACGUGGACCGCGCUGCGGGGCUGUCCUUUGACAGCAGCUCCAGCACCACACAGUCCCAGGAUGCAUCAGGGGCUAAUGUGACCCUCCUUGACACAGCAGGGCAUUCUGGGGGGUUGAGUUCUGAGGUAGCUGCUACUGAGGAGGAAAGGGAAGCUCCUGUGGGUGUGAUUGUGCUAGGAUGUCAGGCUCAGGGAGGGGUCAAUGGUGAACAGGUGAGUGUCAUUUCCAGCUUUGACGGAGACCGACCCAGACCUCUGGGACUUGGAGGGUUGGGUGGAGAGGAGGAGAAAGAGAGAGAGGUGGAGGAGAAGGAGACCUCUGGUAACGUCAAUCUGUUCUCUGUGACUCUGGGGGCAUUAAAGAGGGAUGAUGAGGAGGAGUAUGAAGAGGAGACAGACUUUCUAUUAGAAUUUUCAAAACAGGAGCAGAAGCCUCAACUUCCCAUAGACUCCUUACAGAGGACCUUACGACCGGGCAGCAUGAGAUCUCAGAGUGAGAUACAGGAAGAUACAGGCCUAGUACUGACACUGCCACAGACAGUCUGCACACGGAUAUACUCUGAAUAUUCAAAUAGACAUGCUGACAGCAGCACAGAGCCACACUCUGGCUACCUUGUAACGAACACAGGCACUGUGCAGGCUGACAAUGCGACAGAAGGAGAGGAGGAAGACUUCUCAGGGUACAUGGGGCGUUGAUUAUUGUGUGUGUGUGUGAGGCUCUGUGAGCGCGGGCGCAGUGUAGGUCUACAGUGUAAUAGUGUGCCUUAGCCGAUAACUGCACAGAUAUUCCACUUGGUUGGUUAUGCCGUCUCACCUAGGCCUACAUUCCUUCCCAAUUAUUUGCUUCUGUUGAGUAUGUGAGAGUAUGUGAAUGUGUAUGUAAAAUAACAAGUUCCAUAAAUUGCCAUGCACUUGUUUUUCUA